AUCUGGAUACUGCCCAUGUUUUGCCUGCUUUUUAUGCUCCUUACACAUACCUAGCUCGACUUCCCACUUGCCAGGCCACAAGACGACCGCCGCCAAGAUCUCUUCACAUCAAGAUUCAAGACUGUCCAAAUUUCAACCCAUCAACACAUGAGAAGGACAAGUCAUAGACAUUGGUUGAGUGGACACGAGCAGAGACUUACUGAUGGCACUCUGACCCAUUUCAUGCACCAACCACCACUCUAUACCUAUCACCAUCAGCUAAUGCACUGCUCGACAUGUGCCUGUCACUUGGCAUGUGUGUGUCAUCUGACAUGCUCAUGCCAAUCACUCAGACCAUUCGGCUCCAUCCCCAUCACAAAUGGUGCAGGUACUACUGUCACUCUUGCCCCCUCGAUCGCAUUUUCAUCGCCAACAACAUAGCCGCCCAUCAAACCGCGUGUGCAUGCAUAAUUGAUGCACAGGUGCAUCCCACAGUGUGAAAAAUACAACAUUCCCCUCACCAAUAUUGUAGCUGCCCAUCACACCUUUUGUACAUGCAUGUGUAUUA